AUGCCGAAUAAAUUAACAAUUCAAAGAGUGUCUCCUGCUUACGUUGCUCGAGCGUUAGCACCGCAACCACGCGGCACCUAUCUUCUACGAUAUCAAACAACGAAUGAUGAAAUUAUCUCAUCGAUCCAAUUGAAAAAAUCACCUACGACAGCGUUAUCGCAAGAUUCCUAUGUUGUUUUAUCCGUUCGUGUCGAUGAAGCUAAAUACCAGUGUUCAGUAAUGAAUUAUCGCUUGUCGUACACGGAGGCCGAUGAUUCGAAACUACGCAACAAACUAUUGAAACAGUAUAAAUGUCAAGUUAACCUUCGAGAAAAAGUGACGAAAUUAACAAAUGAAUUGAUCUUACCAAAAGAGAAUGAAAACUGGGCGUUAGAUCCCAAGGAAUUUUGCGGACUGGAUUUCACCAAAGGUCAUUUUGGUGGUCGACAUCAUGCCGGUGCAUCACGAGGUUUUUGGAAAAAAUCGCGGCAAGAAGGUGUGAACAUCUUCGUCAAACGUAUCUCUGUUUCUUUUCUAUUACAACAUUAUAAUGGAAAUUCUUUAAUCUCACUCUGUCCCAUCAUUGGCAGCACAGUCAGAUCGCAAAUGCGUCGUGUUGUUAAUAUUGGCUUUCAAAUAGCCAAUGCAAUGAUGUAUUUGGAGAAGAAACGAAUUGUGCAUCGUGAUUUAACAGCUAGCAACGUUCUUAUCGAUUCUCAUGGGUUUGUUCGUAUUACCGACUUCGGGCAUGCGAUACAGAAAGUCGAUGGACGCAAUUAUCUGAUAUCAUCGUGUGCAAAAGACGGCCGAUGGAACUUUCAACCUCGUUUUCUCGCCCCAGAAUGCAUUACCAGACGCCGAGGAUCGUCGUCAGAUCAAAAUUACGGAUGUUUUUCAUCCAAAAGUGAUGUUUGGGCAUUUGGUCUUCUCAUGGUUCAAUUGAUGCUAGAUAGACCUUGUGUACCAUAUCCUAACAUCAUCAACGAUGAAGAUGUACCGCGCUAUGUUGCUCUCGAACGGAAAUUUCAUAUUCAGCCGCCCAAUUGUAACUUUGAUCUAUACUGUGUUCUUCAGCAGUGUUGGAUAUAUGAACCCAUCGGUCGUAUAUCCUUUUGUGACCUUCGAGAGAAAAUGAUGAAAUUAGCGCAUAUCUUCAAUUAG